AUGUCCAAAGUUGAUGUUAUUGAAAACGACGAUUCCAAUAAAAUCAAAUCGGAAAAUGAUUCAUGGGCGUCUGAUACGGACACAGUGGCGACUGAGCAAAGCACGAUAUCCGUGAAGAAACAGAAAGCCCUAAAGGCUCGCAAGUCGAAAUCCAAGAAAAAAGGAUGCAAGACACAAAAGUCAUCAAGAAUAAAUAUCCGUAUUCACAACAAUCAACAAUCUAUCACAAUGCCACGCAAGGUCGGUAGGCCGCCAAAAAAGUUGCCAAGCAUCCAAACCAUGAAGAGCAAAUUGGCAAAGUUCGACGCUAACUGUGAACGUAAUCCGAACAACAGAAAUUUGAAAGAAUUUCUGAAGGUGAUUGGAGCCAGUAAAACAGGAAGAAGAGGACGGAAAACAAAAGCAGAAAUGCAAGAACUCGAGAAUUCCAACCAAGUGGUAGAAAAUCGGAGAAUGGGCAAUGCUUGUGCUUCUCGCAAGUAUCUCCUCAUGAAAAAACAAAGAAAAGAAACUCAAGAUAAAGAAAUCCGGAAAUUGGAGAAACAAAAUGAUAAACUCAAGAAAACCAAUGGAAGAAUCCAAUCUAAACUGACUGUCUCCAUCGCUGUCCAAUUGAAAAGUAUCUCUGAUAAAGUCACAGAAGAGCAUAAAGAUGAAUAUGCUGAUCUGAAAAAGGAAGUGGAUGAGUUAGAGGAAGCGUUCAGCACAGCCACAAAGCACGGAAAAUGUCGCAUAAAGCUGAAUAAAUCACUUAAAUCCAACGAUUUCAAAAUUCUAAAGCUUAAAAUGGAGAUGAAGAAAGGCCAGAAGCUUCAAGUGUACUUGAAAUCAGUUCUUGAUCAACAAAAUCAAAUGAAUGCUAGAAAUCAAAAUAUCCCGCCACUCGCUGUUUACAAUAUUCCAGCUGCACCAGCGGCAAUUGCACCUCCAGUAAGGGACGACGAUGAGGAAGAAGUUGAGAAAGAGGAAGACGAUGAAGAAAUGAAUGAAGAUGAAAAAGAUGAAGAUGAAGUAGUUGUGGUCAACGUCCGAACAACGCGAGCUUCUGCUAAAGCUGCAGCUGCGGAAAUCACACCUCCAGCCAUCAUGAGCGCCAACGAUGCAGAUGAAGAAAUGGAUGAGGAUAAAGAAGAUGAAGCUGUAGAAAUUGAAGAAGACGAAGAAGUUGUGGUCAACGUCCGAACUACACGGUCUUCUGCUAAAGCAGCAACUGCGGCAAUGACACCUCCAGCCAUUGUAAGCAACGACGAUAAAGAUGAAGAUAUUGAGGAAGACGAAGAUAUGGAUGAAGAUCUGGAUGAGAAUGAAAGAGGUGAUGAUGAAAAAGUUGAGGAAGAUAAAGAUGUUGCUGUAAGCGUUCGAACAACAAGAUCUUCUGCUAAAGCUGCAGCUGUAGCAAUCACACCACGAGCUAUCAUGAAGGACGACGAUUCAGAUGAAGAAGUAGAGGAAGAUGAAGAUGUUGUGGACAACAUUCGAACAACAAGAUCUUCUACUUCAGCGGCAGCUGCGACAAUCACACAUUUCGGGAGAGACGACGAUGAAGUUCAAGACGUGGAAGAAGAUCAAGAAGUUGAUGUCAAUGCCUACGUUCGCGCUACCCGCUCACGAUUUCGGAACAAUACGGGAUCCCAACUGCCAUCCACAUCUCAAACUUCUCAGGCCAAUAACACCGACCGGUACAUCACUCCACGCCUCAGCGACUUGAACAAAAUCAUUGAAAAUAUGUCGAAAAACGUUAGAAUGGUCGAUUGGGAUGAGAACAAAGUCUUCGUGAAAGCUGAAAAGGAUCGUCAAAACAAAGUCCACCAGGAUCCAGCGUUGGAAGAUUAUGAAGUUCCACUCCCAAAGACUCCAGAAGAUAUGAACUUCCGAGAGCAAGCCGAGAAGAUCCUCGCUGUCCGACAAGGAAAGAAUAUGAAUACUGGAAAGGUCAAUCUGAUGAGAUUGCAAAAUAGAGGAAGCGCUAUCGUGGCAAAGACGAAAAAGCGUGUUCAACUUUCCGCCAACGUCACUGGAAACCAAUCAGACGUGAUUCCAGUAUACUGCGAUGUCGCAAAGUCCGUGAAAGAGGCCACCGUCCCACAGACUUUCGCCUUCAAAUAUAGCGACAGAAACGUUGGAAACUCUCUGGGAUUGGAUGAGCACUUCAAGAAAGAUGUGCAUAUGAUAAAGUGUGACUGCCAUCAUCAACUUCCAGUCGUCAACUGCUGGGAAAAUCCCAACUGUCCGUGUUAUAGAAUGAAUAUAAAUUUGAGGACAGCAGUGAGGAAUACGAAUAUCUGGGAAGCGGAAGACUCUGAGACGGAGAAGGAAGCGUACAAUGUGGAUCUAGAAUUCAUUCAGUGGCUGUUACAGGCGACGUUCGGCCCAGUUGCAGUCCACUCCACCACAUUUUAUGAUGCAGUCGGACUUGCGUGCUCCGAGGAAUGUGGGUGCCAAGGCUGCUGCACCAACAACGUUACAAUGUGGUUGGAUAAGAAAAUCCAUUCGUUUGUGCUAGAGCGAAAGGAUUUGAAUCUCGGGAUGCAGCUCGCCACAAACAACUAUAUCCCCGCACAUACCGUCAUCUCGGAACUAACGGGAGAGGUUGUCGAACAGGGCAACAGCGAUAAGCCUUAUUCCUAUUCCCUGAAUCAUGGGAUUGACUAUGGGAAGGUGUUUGGAGAGGAACUCUCCAAAAUUGUCAGAAGAUGCUCCGCCCAUCUGAAAAAAUUGAUGGAGGACACUUUCGAGAAGUUUUGGGAUGUGGACACCAAGAGUGUCGGGAACGUUGCUCGCAUGAUGAAUCAUUGCUGCGAGCCCAACGUAGAACUCAUCAGAAUCUUCCAAAAAGGACUUUCCCCAUCCAACUUGAAGUUAGUGGCAGUAACUUCAAAGCCAGUUUUUCCUGGGGAGGAGCUGACAUUAGACUACGGAGAUGGAUACAAGCUAGAUUCGGGAGAUUUGCUGGUUGAUGUUUGCAGAUGUGGAACUUUGAGCUGCAAGAGCUCUCCAAAAAUGAAGCUUACAGUUGCACAGAUUCAUAUCGGUGACCUGGUCAAGCGGAUCGAGAGUCUUACUAGGAUUCCCCCUGUUUUCCAACAAUACCGAUUCCGCAAUGAAGAUCAUCCGUUUGUUGCGCAUCCGAUUCAAGAUAUCAAGCUCGGCGAGGAAAUAAUUGUGAUGCACUCUGAUCUUGAAUGGUGGGAGCUGUACAAACAAUCUGCUGAUAUUGCUCUGCAGCCGAGCAGUGAGCGACUGUGGAAAGCCAGGCAAGCCGAAUCACCGCUAUUGUUCUCCAGACAUCAAAGAAAUAUUUUGCUACAAAUAGUUGGAACGGAUCAAUGUGGGACCACAGGCCCAGUUUAUCGUGCCGAGCAGAUUCCCUGA